AUGGCCACCAAACUUGUGGAUCUGGUGUAUUGGCGGAACGUGAGGAGGACCGGCGUGGUGUUCACGGGGCUGGUGAUCGGUCUGGCCAGCGUGUUCCAGCUCAGUGCCAUCACCGUGCUCUCCCACGUCUGCCUGGGCGCCAUGUGCGUCACCUUCCCCCUCCGUCUCUACUACAAGCUGCUGGAGCUGCUGCGCUGGAACCCCGGGGUGCACCCCUUCCAGUCGUACCUGGAUAAUGACAGCACUCUGACAGAUAAGGAGACAGUGAUGCUGGUAGAGGAGGUGGUGCUACUGAUCGCGUUUGCUGUCACAGAGAUCAAACGCCUCAUUUUCAUCGACAGCAUGAUCGACUCCAUUAAGUUUGUUGUGCUCCUGUAUCUGCUGACCUAUGUCGGCGUCCUGACCAACGGACUGACUCUGGUGAUAACUGCUGUGAUCGCCGUUUUCUCCAUUCCUCUUUUGUACAAAAAGCAGCAGGUGCGGAUCAGGAGGAUGGUCAGAGCUGUCAGAGCUUUUGUAAAGAAAAUCAGAAACUUGUGUCUUAGUCUGUAUGAUUCAGUGAGACACUCUCCUGCCGCUGAACCCGCCCCAAAACCUGCAGUUGCAGCUGCCGUCAAACAGAAGGCCAAGUCCAAGUAA